UUUAUCAUUAUUAAGCCAAGAAAUUUCCUAAAAAUUUAAAUUUCUCAAUUUCUUGAUCUUCAAUCAAAAAACAUGAGUUAUCAAAAAAUUUCUCACGAACACUACCCUCCUCCAGGGUAUUCACCACCGUAUCCACCGCCAGGAUACCCGCCAUCAGCACCACCGCCACCGCAGCCUUACGAAGGGUAUCCACCUCCAGGACCAGCAGGGUAUCCAGGUUAUCCACCGCCUCCACCUGGGCCACGUCAGCAGUACGACGGCUAUCAAGGGUAUUUUGCUGGCGGUGAAGGUUACCCGCCACCGCCACCGCGCCCUGGUCAUCCUCAGUACGAGCGUUAUCACUAUGAACAUCACCAUUAUCAAGAUGAUUCUGCUGGCUGUACUUCAUUUUUACAUGGAUGCUUGGCCGCGCUUUGUUGCUGCUGUGUGUUGGACGAGUGCUGCUUCUAAAGUUUGAACUGCUUUGGUGAUGUUUGGGAGGUCUUGUAAUUUCUGUUUGUAUUCCCGAUGUCCAGUUAUAGUAUUACGAUACGCAGCGUGCAAAAUUAAACUCAAUUGUGAUUAAAUUUCUUGAAGCAUACACAUCACAAUUACAACGAUAUGUUGUUUUCUUUCA